AAUCGGAUGAGUAGUUGAGCUAAGUGGGUACGACCUCAAAUUUGAACCAUAUAUGACCAUAAAGGGUCAAGCCUUGGUAGAUUUCUUAGUAGAAUGCCAUCCAAUCGCUCUUGAAGGAAUUACAGCCUCACACCUUGUAUGGGUGUUGUACGUAAAUGGGGCUGCAAGUAGAGGGAUCAGGGGCAGGAGCAGUGUUGAUAGGUCUAGAUGGAUUUAAAACUGAGCAUGCUUUAAGAUUCAGAUUUCAGGCCACCAAUAAUGCUGCUGAAUAUGAAGCGCUCAUUUACGGUUUGAAAGUAGCAUUGGAGCUGAAAGCACAAAACAUAAGAGUCUUUAGUGACUCCCAGCUUGUUAUAAAUCAAUCAAAUGGACAGGUAGAGUCAGGUAAUAAAAUUAUCUUGCGUGGCCUUAAGGCAUGCGUCCUAGCCACAGACUCCAAUUGGGUUGAUGAGCUCAACAAAGUACUAUGGUCGUGUCGUACCACACCCAGCUCAGCCACCAAAGAGACCCCAUUCUCCCUUGCCUAUAGAGCUGAGGCCGUAAUCCCUGUGGAAAUUGACUUGUCGCCUAAUAGACCUGCUCGGUGUAAUGAUUCUAAUAACAAGGAACUCCUAAGAGAAAACCUAGACCUCGUAGAAGAGGUUAGGGAGAUAUCUCAGAUGAAAAACAUGGCUUAUCAAAGUCGUGUUGCUAGAUUUUACAAUAAACGAGUGCAUGCUUGUCAAUUUCAGGUCGAUGACUUGGUUUUACGCAAGGCUGGGCUUACUAAUGCUUACUCACGUAUGGGCAAGCUUGCUCCUAACUAAAAGGGUCUUGACAUGGUAAUUCAUGUUAAAUGACCUAGGUCUUAUUUGUUAGUAGAUUCACAAGGUCAUCAACUACCAUUCACUUGGAAUAUAGAUAACCUUAGGAA